UAAAAAGCUAAAAGAAAAAAAAAUAAAUCAAAUCAAAUCCAAUCAAUACAAAUUCUGAAUAAUACUUUUUUUUCUGUUGUUUGCAAUUAAAUCAAAAGUUCUUUGACGAAAGCGAAUAAUUUCGCUGUGUUUAACGGUUAAAACCUCGAAGUGAUUUUUUGGUCCCAACGCAAGGACACACGCACACGCAGGACGAGCGUAUUCCCAGCUGGCCAGCAAUUGAGCAAUUCGUGUAAAAUGGAUGCGCUACGCUUGCGUGGUUCCCCAUUUGUUCGCUUCGGCUCAGGCUCUGGCGGCGGUCAUGGUCCAGGACAGGCACAAGCACAUGGACACGGACAUGGCAUACAACAACAGGAGCCACUCAUUGUGGUCGAGGAAUCAAAUCUACCCGAAGAACUUGAGCCCGAGAGCUCGGAGACAUUCUCAAAUCGCGCCAGUCUCGACAUUGACUCACCGGUCAAUCCAUAUCUGCUCUCGCCAUGGCGCGAUCCGCGCGAGGCACGCAAACACUCGUUGCCCUCGCAACAGGUCACCGAAGGCAUCACCGCCAGCCAGGUGCGACGACUCUCGGAACGCGGCGGCGAAGGCUCCGGUCCAUCUCCCAAAGAGGCCGCCUUCCUGGCCACACUCUCACAGGCGCCGGCUCCGUCUGGCCGACGGCAUUCGGUUGUCACCAUCUCGAAGGUCCCCACCACGCUCUUUGGACGCUCUCGCCGCGAAUCUGUUGCCGCCUAUCCGUCAGUCAAUGGGAGCAGUCGCGUGUUGAAUUCACGUCGAGAGAGCAACACAGGACCGCCGUCAACGGAUCCGAUUGGCAGCAUACACAAUCUGCAGCUGGACAUCAUGGACGACAUCUACUUGCAGUCGCGCAAGGCGCGUUUGAAGCUCUGGACGUCGAGCAACGAGAAGGUGUGCGAAGUGCAGACCGUGGACGAAGCCGGAACCGGAGCUCCUGGCAGACGUUACACCAAUCGCCGUUACUCCGAGUGUCCGCAGCCCGGCAGCGUUGGCGUUGGCAUUGGCAGCGGCGGCGGUGGAGGUGGAGGCGUGAGUGCAUUUCGUCGCGCCUCCGAGCAUCCGCAUCCGAAUGCGCCAAGCAUCUCGCCGCAGCCGCCAUCGGCGCGGGCCUCGACACGUCGCAAGAAAUCGGGCAGCGGUCUCGGGUUGCUCGGCAGUCGCAGCGAUAUUGCUGGCAUCUUUAGCUCACUCACAGGCAACUCUUCGUCGGCUACGGACACACAUCGCCCCGAUCCGGAUGGCUCGUCCAGUUCAUCGGCAGCCACCGGCAACAGUGCGAGCAGCCCGUUCUUGAGCAACACAUUCCAGCAGGCGGCACGUGGACGCACCACGAGUGCCACGCCCACACCGAGUGGCAGCGGACAAUCGUCGAAUCUGCUGCUCGAUCCGAAUGCCGGACGUUCGACGCGUUCGAAUAGCUUUGACGUAUCCAUUUUGAACAAUGCCAAGCAGCUGGUCAGCGAGGCGCAGGACAACAGUUCGGCGGCCAUUUCGGGUUGGUUUGGGGGCAAGCGGCAGACGCCGCAGACACCGGUGGCACGGAAGAAGAGUGUGCGCAGCAAGAGCAGCGCCAUGGCGCUGUCGAAGGACAUGCUCGAGCGGCUGCAGAAGAAGGAUCCGCUUGGCGGCGACUCGGGCAAACCGAAGUUGAAGCCGCGCAGCAAGCAGAAGAAGAGCUGGGCGGACACCACCAAGGCGAACAUUGUGGAUGCCACCAUUUUGGGCACAGCCAUCGAGGGUUUCCUCCGCAAGAGCUCCAAUGCCAGCAUGGCCGGUGGCAGCAGCUCCUCCGCAUCCGCUGGCGCCUCCACAUCGACGGGCCUGCGUUCGGGUGCCGCGGGUGGCAGCGGUGCCAAGGGUGCCAUACCCAAGGACUCGGGCGGGGCAAGUGGCAGCUCGGCUGGCGGCAGCUCCGCUGGACGUGCGCGCAGUCGUCAGUCGGCUGCCAGCGCGGCUCAGUCGCAGGCUGGACGCGCUAUGCGCUCCACGCUCAACUGGUUUAGUAAGGGCGAUGAGGAUGACUCGAAGGACACUUGCGAUGCUUCGCUGUGCGCCACGCUCAAGGAUCUCUUUGUCAAAUAGGUGACGGACAAGGCGCGGCCCAAGUAAACGCACAGCGAGGACCGCAGAAAAUGAAAACAAACGAAAUGAAAAAAAAAAAAAAAAAAACACCACAACUGGCGGAGGCAAAAUUGCCAAAUCGAUGAUCAACUGCAUGCUAAGUACUUGUAUCUCCACAACUUCCACAAUCAACUUCACCAAUAGUCGCGGCGGCAGAGCGAAAGGCAAAGCAACAAAAAACUGUGCAUAAACAAGAUGUAGGAUACUAAAAGUGGAAGCUACUGCGGAAAACUUGUAAUGAAAGCGAUAAAUAUUGACGAUGGCAUUCGAGAGAGAAAGAGAAAAAGAAAUAGAAAGAGAGAGAGAGGUAGAGAGAGUCGAUAACGAUAAGAGUUGUCUGUUUUUCAUUUUUUUCAGUUCUGCAGUUUUUUUGUUUUGUAGUAAAUGCAACGUUGUGGGUGAGUUUUGUAAUGUUAAAAAAGGGCAGGGAAAAAGUGGCGAAGCGAUGAAAGCAAAGCCGAAUGACAUAUUACCUUCAUGCAGUGACCUAUUGACACACUAACACAUACAUAUAUACAUAUACAAAUAUAUAUAUAAUAGAGAGACUAAUAUAUAUUUACAUAUAAAUAUUUGCAUUUUUACGCAUCAUACCAAUCAAAGCCAAAUACCAAAUACCAAAAAUAAUAAUUAUACAAAAGUGGGAAAUAGCCAAACUAUUUUUUUAGAAGAACACGAGUCAAAUAUAACUAUUUCACACAAUGUAUAUAGCAGUUGAUAUCGGGUUGAUUUUUUUUUGUCGUACGCAAUCAGAAAGUGAAAAGGGAGAAACAAUUUGUGCUUCCGAUCCACAAGAAUGUAUAAAAUGAUGACGCGUUGAUCAUAUCAUUGCAAACAGAUACAUAUGAAAUAUUGAUGAAUUGAACAUAUAUAAAAAAAAGUAUAUAUAUGUACAUAAAGAGAAGGAAAAGUUGAUUAACGUUUUUUUGUUUUUUUGUUUCACUCAGAAUAUUGCAAAGCGUAAAGCAGACAAGCUGAGAGACGGUGUUAAGGUUCCAUAAUAAUGUGUAUGUAUGUUAAGCCAAAACCAAAACGAAAACCAAAUACAAAUACAAGAAAUAAUACAUAAUCGUCAUCUACAUAAAUGUGUGCCAAGAGCAAUCAAACAAGUACUUGAGAUAGAUACAUAACAUAGUUGUAAUCGUGGCCGGAGGUGUUUUUUGUUGUGCGAGAGAGAAGUUGUGUCGAUGCAACGAUAAUUGUAAUUUGCGUGUACUUCACUCUAACUGUAAUUCUAACUGUAACUCUAACUCUAACUGUAACUGUAACUGUGUGCAAUUUGAGCUUACAACAAGAAGAACAACAACAAUUGAAAUUACUAAAUCUACCUAAUGCCUGAUAAUAAACAUAAUAAUAUGAUAAUACAUAAUACAUAAUACAUAAUACAUAAUACAUACCAAUACAUACUUGACGGUCUUCGAAAUAUACAAAAUAUAUAGUACGUUAUAUAUACAUAUAUAUAUACACUCAUAUGUAUGUUAAAAUUUAUAUGUACUUGUGUAUGUUGAAUGUAUAAAAAUGAAAGUAAAUUGCACAACAAAAAAAGUUUCUUAAUUGUAUUACUUAUGUGACAGUCAAGUGGCAAGUGCGAAAUCAAUUUGAGGGAAAUUUACAAAAUUUCCACUCGGUGAAGAAGAAUACAAAAUGAGGAGGAAACAAACACACAACAAAAUCAGUCAAUAUUGCAAUCAAUGAAGUGUAUUUUCAAUCAUAAGUACUUAUACGAGUACGUAAUACACACACACACACACACACACACACACAAACAUACACAUACAGAUAUUGGAUUUAGCAAUGUCAAUUCGCAAUUCUUUAUCUCGCUCUAAAUUCAUUUGCUUGAUGCUACAAUUACACAAAAGAUAAAAACGAGAAAUACUUGCUUCAAGUCUACCACAACAAAUACACACACACACACAUACACAUACACAUACACACGUAACAUGUUCUAUGUGUGAGUCUUUUAAUGUGCCCAAUAAACGUAUGUAGAUUUCCAUGUGUGUUUCAAACAAAUACUACUUAAAAUCAAUACGGUAACCCAAGGUUAACUUUCACGUUUAAUGCUAAAUGUAUCAAUAAGAAUUAUAUUAUAAAAACAACAAACAAACAAACAAAUAUAUACAUAAUGAAUAUAUAUAUGAAUAUGUAUAUGUGAAUGAAUGGUAUUUCAACUAUUUACACGUCAAUGCGACCGUUAUUGGUCCUACAUAUAAUACAUAAAUAUUUUCUAGUGAUUAAAUGUUGUUCUAGUUUUAUACGUGUCCAUUUUUUGCUCGUGUUUGUUGCAACUGUUGUUGUCAUUGUUGUUGUCAAUGUUGAUGUGUUGAUGUGUCGUUGUUGUCGUUGUCGUUGUUGUCGUUGUUCUCUUAACAACUUACGCAACUACCAAAA